UGGGCAAGAUGGAACUGGACGUGUUGCCUCCUCAUAUUCAGAGACUACGACUGAAGAUCAUGCGAUACCAGUUCCGUAUGCUGCACGUGCCAGGAAAGCUGCUAGCCACAGCUGAUACGUUGUCGCGCAUCACCUACAAGCCACCCACUCCUCUAGACACUAUCGAACUUUUUGCAGCACAGGUAGUCGGCUGCACGUCGGAAGUCUUGCCACUCAGCCCUAAAGACGUGCGACAGGCACAAGAGUCCGAUGGCGAGUGCAAAGCCCUCGCUUCCUACUGCCAGAAUGGUUGGCCUAAAAAGACCACGAUACCACUGCACCUUACAAAGUACGCCUCGGUGGCAGACGAGCUCUCUGUCUGUGACGGUGUUCUGUUGAAGGGCGCCCGGUUAGUCAUCCCAUCGUCCCUUCGGCCAGCGGUCUUGACGCUGUUGCAUGAAGGUCAUCAGGGCAUCAACAGGACCAAAGCCCUAGCUCGGGAGUCAGUUUGGUGGCCCGGUAUCUCGACAGACAUCGCCUCUCUCGUUGCCAACUGUGAACAGUGCGCUUCCACCCGCGUAAACUUUGCCGAGCCCCUGCUCUCCACUGCCCUACCUGGACAUCCCUGGGAAUUCCUUGGUAUGGACUUGUUCCACCUCAACGGCCAGACGUUCAUCCUGGUGGUGGACUAUUACUCAAGGUUCCCUGAGGUGGUGACCCUGAGGAGCACGACAGCUCAGGCAGUCAUCGAUGCUCUCAAAUCCAUCUUUGCCCGCCAUGGAAUCCCGCAAGAAGUCAGGUCAGACAACGGCCCACCAUUCUCGUCGCAAGAGUUCGCGGCGUUUGCAGCUUCAUACGGCUUUAACCACAGGACCAGCAGUCCACACUACGCUCAGUCGAACGGAGAGGCGGAGAGGAUGGUGCGUACUAUCAAGGACCUGCUUCGCAAGUCAAAGGAUCCUUAUCUGGCUCUGCUCAGCCAUAGGGACACUCCAGGAGUCCACGGCUUUAGUCCAGCACAGCUGUUGAUGGGACGUCAACUCGGAACCAGAGUCCCAAAGCAAGGCUCCCAGCUAUGUCCCAACUGGCCCCCAAUGAAAGAAGUCGUCGCCAAGGAUGCGACUUACAAGCAGAAGCAGGCCGACAAUUACAACAGGCAUCAUGGAGCUCGAGACUUGCCGCCACUCCAAACAGGUCAGCGUGUCUGGGUGCGACCUGAUCAAGUGCAGGCUACGGUCCUCAGUCCGGGGCAAAGACCAAGAAGCUACGUGGCACCCUACAGCGCAACUGGCGUCACCUAGUGCCUUUUGGGACUACUGCCUCCGGAGAGGAACCACCACCACUGCAGCAAGUUCGCUGUCAGGAGCCUCGGCCUGCCAACAUCGUGGAAUCAACGGUCCCCCUCGGACAGUCUGUGCAACAGUCCCCUGCAGCCAGGGACCGCAGUGACGGUGUGACUCGAACACGUUACGGCCGGCCUAUCGUUCCG